GAUGUCUUGCAGUAACUGGUCUUCAUCAUUACACUUGAGAGAGAGAGAGAGAGAGUUUGAACUAUUUUGAUUCCGAAUGACACAAACAGAGCAACCAAGAAUAAGUCUCUCUGACUGAAGCGAUGUAAUCGAAGCAUAUAACUCGAGAAAAGCUUCAACCCUCAACAAGUAAAACUUUGUCAGCCUUUGAAGGAUUCUGCUUUGAAGAUUAAAGGGCAUUCCGGGAUCUUAAUUGUCAUACAGAGCAACAAUGUACAGUGAUCGUGUUCUCUUUCUCCCUCCCUCCAACUUUUCUCACUCUUUGGUCAUCACGACACCAAAAAGAUAAAUCCUGAUGCCAUACACUGACAACUAUCAAUGUUUCUGAUACAGACUCUGUGUUCUUCACCUCCUCCAUUACUCCUACUCCUACCAUAUGGCAAUGAGAUUGUUCCCCAUGAUUUCCAGCGUAUGUAUCACUUCAAACGUCACUUGUGCUUCUUUGCGUGGGUUUCUACUGACGUCCAAUUUUUGUGCUCGGUUGAUCUUUUGGUGCUUGUGGUUAGACCAACGGCAUUGACCUGAGUUAGAUUAGCUCAUGUCAGAUAAGAUCUAUGGCCUUAAACAGUGUCUGCCAGUUCAAACUUGUUUGUUGGAUUAUAAGAAGGUUAUCUCUUCCUCAUUCUAAGGAAUCCUGCCAAAGCAAAAGCAUCCUGCGAUAAAGGGAAGAAGAGGACACAACUCCGACUCUCCCAUGUUUCUCCACUCGCUACUGAUGCAGGAGCAGAAGCACCCGCAGAAAAGGAUGCCAUGGUAUGGUAGAGUGAUGGAGGUCAUAAUUCUAUGGAAGACAGUGACGAGGUCUUCGGCAGCCAAGCCUAAUGGAGUCCCUGCCGUUGCCAACAAGCAGAAGCUAAGAAAGUGCAGCUCCCUCAAGGUAGCCUCUUCAUUCACUCGGGCGUGUCUGUGUGCUCCCAUCUCUUCUUACAACGAGGUGUUUCGAGCUGAAGUCCCGCCGCGGAGAAGCUACAGCUGUCCGAGGUCGAAGUCGUCGUCGUCAGCGGCGGCGGCGGCGGCACCGCCACCGGAGAGGAGGUUUGCAUCGAGCACCAGAACCUCCGCCGAGGGCCGGAGGGUGUUCAGGGGGAAGUCUCUGACGGAUGACAUGCUGAUGAGGAGGUUCGUGGUGGAAGAGGAAGCCAUGAUGCAACAGAGGAGGAGGAACCAGAUGGAGUUCAUGAGGAGGAGGAAUGCCAUGAGGAGGAGACAGGUCGGGCCAAGUCCUCUCAGCAGAAUGGCAAUGGCCGAAGAAGACUAGCUCUCAGAUCUUUGCAGGUGUAACAAGUUAUCAUGAUGAUGCUGCUGCUGCUGCUUCUACUUCCUUCUCCUACUCUCUUUCAUCUUGUUCCUCAUUGUGGAUCUUCACAUAAUAAAGAAGGUGGAUGGUUGAGAGACUACUAACAUCAAGUAGUCUUUCUUGUUUGAAGACAUGAAUGUGUAGCUCUUUUCUUUCUCUCACUGUUCGUUCUUGAGAGAGUAGAGCCACAAAAUAAUGGGAAUUUUUUGUACUUGGUUUAUCACAACACUGUUGUACCAAACAAAAGAUUCUUUAUGUGUAGGUUUUUGGGCACAAAUAAGACACAAACAUGCUUUGUCUCAAGUCCUUAAUUUCUGGGGGUAGAGGAGUUGGGUUGAGCUACAUGACAAGCCUAAAUUUGGGUUGAGUGUAUUCACUUGAGGACAAGUUGAGUUG